UUGGAAACCGGACGGGAACACACACACACACACACACACACACACCUGUGUUAGUUAAGUUUGGUGAUAUUUUCUAUUUUUGCGGUAUUAAAAGGGCUAAUUGAACGUUUGGUGACUGAACAUGUGGACUUUAAUCCGCGUAAAGUGAUAAAAUCUCGGAUAAAGAGGGAAACGACCGGUUUCUAACUUGACACAGACACCUGUCGUGACGCUAGCGGGCUAGCUGUGUACUGACUGUUUAUGUAUGUGACUUUAAGAGGAAUAAACUUGGAGCUUUUACAGAAAGUUGGACGUUUUGGACGUGGAAUUGCGCCUCGACAUGUCUUACAUGGAUUAUAAUACUUAAUUAUUUGGAAAUAUGCUCAAAUGGAACACGGCAAGUGGAAUCUGGUCUGCUAAUGUAACAGUGGUGACAGAAUCAUGUCAGUAAACGAGCUUUACACCCGGUACACCCGGGUUUGGAUCCCCGAUCCAGAGGAGGUGUGGAAACCUGCUGAGAUUAUAAAAGACUACAAGUUAGGCGACUCUGUCCUGAACAUUAAACUAGAAGAUGAAUCGACGUUAGCAUAUCCAGUCGGUCCCAAGGACAAUCCGCUCCCAUUCCUGAGGAACCCUGAUAUUUUAGUGGGAGAAAAUGAUCUCACAGCCCUCAGCUACCUGCACGAACCUGCCGUCCUGCACAACCUCAAAGUCCGUUUCAUCGAGUCCAACCACAUUUACACCUACUGUGGUAUCGUACUGGUGGCGAUUAAUCCAUACGAGCAGUUACCCAUCUAUGGCGAGGAGGUCAUCAAUGCCUACAGCGGGCAAAACAUGGGUGAUAUGGACCCGCAUAUAUUUGCUGUGGCAGAGGAGGCUUAUAAGCAGAUGGGCAGAGAUGAGAAGAAUCAGUCGAUCAUUGUGAGUGGAGAGUCAGGAGCUGGGAAGACGGUGUCCGCCAAAUACGCCAUGCGCUACUUCGCCACUGUGGGAGGGUCAGCCAACGACACAAACGUCGAAGAGAAAGUUCUGGCCUCCAGCCCCAUCAUGGAGUCUAUCGGGAACGCGAAGACAACACGUAACGACAACAGCAGCCGUUUCGGAAAGUACAUUCAGAUCGGCUUCGACAAGAGGUAUCACAUCAUCGGCGCCAACAUGCGGACGUAUUUACUAGAGAAGUCCAGAGUAGUGUUUCAGGCUGAGGAGGAGAGGAACUACCACAUCUUCUACCAGCUCUGUGCCUCCGCCUCGCUCCCCGAGUUCAACGAAUUACAGCUGACCAGUGCAGAAGACUUCACGUACACGUCUCUGGGUGAGAACAUUUUCAUUCAAGGAGUAAACGAUGCUGCAGAUUUACAAAAGACCAGGGAAGCCUUUACAAUGCUGGGGGUCAAAGAAAAUUAUCAGAUGAGCAUCUUUAAGAUCAUGGCGUCUAUCCUGCACCUUGGAAAUGUGAUCAUUGUUUCUGAGAGAGAUGGAGAGUCGUGUCAUAUUAAUAGAAACGACCCUCACCUGAUCCAUUUCUGUGAACUGCUGGGGGUGGAGCGGGAGCAGAUGGAGAGCUGGCUUUGCCGCAGGAAACUGGUGACCGCGACCGAGACCUACGUUAAAAACAUGUCCUGCGCCCAGGCAACCAACGCUCGUGACGCCCUGGCCAAGCACAUCUACGCUCAUCUGUUCGACUGGAUAGUGGAGCACAUCAACAAAGCCCUGCACACCGCCACCAAACAACAUUCCUUCAUCGGCGUGCUGGAUAUUUAUGGAUUUGAAACGUUUGAGAUCAACAGCUUUGAGCAAUUCUGCAUCAACUACGCCAAUGAAAAACUUCAGCAACAGUUUAACUCUCAUGUAUUUAAACUGGAGCAGGAGGAAUACAUGAGGGAACAGAUCCCUUGGACACUUAUUGACUUUUACGACAACCAGCCCUGCAUUGACCUAAUCGAGGCCAAGCUCGGUAUUCUGGACCUGCUGGAUGAGGAAUGCAAGGUACCUAAAGGAACAGAUCAGAACUGGGCUCAGAAGCUCUACAGCCGACACCUGAGCAGCGAGCAUUUUGUGAAGCCCAGGAUGUCCAACACUUCAUUCAUCAUCGUCCACUUUGCCGACAGAGUGGAGUAUCAGUGUGACUGCUUUCUGGAAAAGAAUCGAGACACCGUGUAUGAAGAACAGAUCAACAUCCUGAAGGCCAGCAAGUUCCAGCUGGUGGCAGAUCUUUUCCGAGAGGGAAAAGACGCUGCGGCUCCAGCCGCCGGCGGCAAAAGUUCCAAGAUUAACGUGCGUCCGGCUAAGCCCAUGCCUAAGGGCCACAAUCGUGAGCACCGCAAGACUGUAGGCACACAGUUUCGGAGUUCAUUACAUCUGCUAAUGGAGACCCUGAAUGCGACCACUCCUCACUAUGUGCGCUGCAUUAAGCCCAAUGACGUUAAAGAAUCCUUCGUUUUCGAUUCUAAGAGGGCAGUCCAGCAGUUGCGUGCAUGUGGUGUUCUGGAGACCAUCCGCAUCAGUGCUGCAGGAUAUCCAUCCAGGUGGACGUACCCAGAUUUCUAUAACAGAUACCGUGUGCUCAUGACGAAGAAGGAUGCGAGCGCCAGCGAUAAGAAGCUGGUGUGCAGGAACCUGCUGGAGAGUUUGGUCAAGGAUCCAGACAAGUUCCAGUUCGGAAAGACGAAGAUCUUCUUCAGAGCCGGACAGGUGGCGUACCUAGAGAAGCUCCGGGCCGACAGGUUCCGCUACGCCUGCAUAAAGAUGCAGAAAACGGUGCGAGGCUGGCUGCAGAGGAGACGUUACCAGAAGAUCCGCAAAUCUGCCAUCCUGCUCCAGAGAUACGGGCGUGGCUUCAUGGCACGCAGAUAUGCUGAGAUGCUGCGUUUGACUCGAGCAGCUCUGAUCUGUCAGAAGCAGUACAGGAUGGUGCGGGUACGACGUGCGUAUCUAACAAUCCGUAAAGCCACCAUCACCAUCCAGGCCCACACGCGGGGCUGGUUUACACGCCGCCUGUACCAGGAGUACUUGCGUCACCACAAAGCCAGUAUCAUCCAGAGAGCAGUACGUCGCUGGCUACUGAGGAGAAAGUUCCUACGUGCCCGAAGUGCAGCAAUCGUUAUCCAGUGCGCCUACCGGCGUGUGCUGGCCAAGCGGCAGUUCAAAAAGCUGAAGACCGAGGCCCGUUCAGCCGAGCACAUGAAGAAUCUCAACGUCGGCAUGGAGAACAAGAUCGUACAACUUCACAGAAAAAUGGUUGAUCAGACGAAAGAGUACAAGAUGCAGAGUGAUAAGUUAUCGGUUGCCAACACUGAUCUGGUAACAAAGAUGGACAAACUGCAGAAAGAGCUGAACACGGCGCGCAACGAUAAGGGGGAGAAGACUCAGCUGAGCUCACUGCAGGACGAGCUGGAGAAACUGAGGGCAGAGCUUCAGGAGGUCCACUCCCAGAAGAAGAAGCUUGAUGAGGAGCACAGCACCGAGAAGCUCGGGCUGGAACAGCGAGUCCAGGAGCUGGAGAAAGAAAACCUGAUGCUAAAGGAGGAAAAAGAGGAGAUGAAUCAGCGAAUCCAGCGCUAUUCUCAAAGCUCCAAAGGUAAGGAAGGCAACGUGACUCAGCUGCAGAUCGAGCUGGACGAUGAGAGGCUGCGCUAUCAGAACCUGCUGAAGGAGUUUUCCAGACUGGAGCAGAGAUAUGAAAACCUGCAGGAGGAAGUGUCUCUGGCCAGAUUUACCCCAGGCCAUCGAAGAACAACAUCAGAUCUAAGCAGCCUGGGCUCUGACUCGGCUCUAACCUCCAUCUCCAUGUCUGAAGUGGGAGACACAGAGGACGCCUUACAGCAGGUGGAGGACAUGGGCCUGGAGAAAGCAGCCAUGGACAUCAGUGUGUUCAUGAAGCUGCAGAAGAGAGUGCGAGAGCUGGAGCAGGAGAGGAAGAAACUCCAGACUAACCUGGAGAAGAUGGAGGAUUUGAACAAGCGCAAGGUGAACGAUCCAAAGAGCCCGACGUCAGAGGACGUGAAUGCAGAUUUGGCCUACAACAGCCUUAAGAGGCAAGAGCUGGAGACAGAGAACAAGAAGCUGAAGAACGACUUGAAUGAACUGAGGAAAGCUUUAGCCGAUCAGGCCUCGGAAAACUCCACAUCUAAUGAACAGCAGGACAGUUUCAACGUGCUGCUCAGUCAGCUCAAAGCCGCCACAGAGGAGCUGGAUGUGCGCAAGGAGGAAGUGUUAAUGCUGAAAACCCAGAUCGUCAGCAGUACGAAGCCCUCGGAGAGCUCCAACCACAUUAACUCUAAUGACUGGGACAGCGGCAAAAAGCCUGUAGGGAAGGAGGAGGUUGCGGAGUCCAAGAAGCUGCUGGAGGCACAGCUACAGUCCCAGACCCGGAAACACCACGACGAGCUGGAGGCUCUGCACACUCAGAUCGAGGUGAUGAGGGAAGACCUGGAGAAGAAGCAGGAGGUGCUGAAUCACUUUAACACCCUCCCACCCGAGACACUCGUGGAAUACAGCAUCCAGCAGGAAAUCACCCGCCUCACCAACGACAACCUGGAUCUGAAGGAGAUCAACGAGAAGCUGGAGAAAAAUGAGAAGAAGCUGAGAAAGCAGCUGAAGAUCUACACCAGCAAAGUGAAAGAACUCGAAGCUUCUCAGGCGGCCAUGAGCCGACCCCGGUUAAGCAGACAGGUCACAGUGCAGAGAAAGGAGAAGGACUUUGAGGGCAUGCUGGAGUACUACAAGGAGGACGAGCCUCUGCUGGUCAGGAGUCUGAUUGCUGACAUGAAGCCACAGGCGGUAUCAGCGACGGUUCCCUGUCUGCCAGCGUACAUCCUCUUCAUGUGCAUCCGUCACGCCGACUACAUCAACGACGAUCAGAAAGUGCACUCGCUGCUCACCUCCACCAUUAACGCCGUCAAGAAGGUUCUUAAGAGGAACAACGACGACUUUGAGAUGGCCUCGUUCUGGCUGGCUAACACCAGUCGACUCCUGCACUGUCUGAAGCAGUACAGCGGAGAGGAGUCCUUCAUGACCCAGAACGCACCGAAACAGAACGAGCACUGUCUUAAGAACUUCGACCUGGCUGAGUACCGUCAGGUCCUGAGUGACCUGUCCAUCCAGAUCUAUCAGCAGCUUAUCAAAAUAGCCGAGGCCACACUGCAGCCCAUGAUCGUGUCGGCCAUGCUGGAGAGCAGAAGUCUGACCGGCGUGAAGCCGCUCGGCUACAGGAAGCGCUCCGCCAGCGUGGACUGUGAGAGCGGAGGCCCGCCAGGGUACACGCUGGAGGCUUUGAUCAAACAGCUCGGCGAGUUCCACCUGAUCAUGAGCGAACACGGCUUGGACCCAGAGGUCGCGCAGCAGGUCGUACGCCAACUCUUCUACUGCAUCGACGCCAUCACACUCAACAACAUGCUGCUGCGCAAGGACAUGUGCUCAUGGAGCACCGGCAUGCAGCUCAGGUACAAUAUCACUCAAAUGGAGGAGUGGUUGAGAGACAAGAACAUGCACCAGAAUAACAUCAUCACCACCAUCGAGCCCAUUAUCCAGGUCUCACAGCUUCUGCAGAUUAAUAAGAAAACCUCUCAAGAUGCCGAGGCCAUCUGCUCCCGCUGCACCGCGCUCACCGCUCAACAGAUUGUGAAGAUCCUUAAUCUGUACACUCCUGAGAACGAGUUUGAGGAGAGAGUCACUGUGUCCUUCAUCAGAGAGAUACAGGGUCUCCUCCAAGGCAGAGUCGAGAACAACCAGCUCCUGAUGGACACCAAGCACACCUUCCCCGUGCUGUUUCCUUAUUCUCCUUCAGCUUUAACCUUGGAUUCCAUGCACAUCCCAGCCUCUCUCAACCUGCACUUCCUGUCCAGGGUCUGAUCUCUUCAGCUGUAUUUUCUCCUCCUCUCUCACUGAGCUUUGGAGUCAGACUGAGUAAAGCCGAGAGGAGAUCAAGCCCAGCACGGCCUCAUGAACCAGCGUACCAUCAUCCUGGAUAUGUUAGUACCUGACGAGAGUCUUUCUGGCUGACUUUAGUGCUGAGGUGUAAACUGGACUCCCUUUUCUUUAAUCUGGUUCAUUUUGGGUUCAAACUGGCAGGUUUAGUUACAGCACUGACAUCUUUUAAUUCAGUCAUGUAUGGGAUUAUUUGCUGGUCAAAUUUCUAUAGAAGUAUACAUUAUAUUUAUAUACUUUAUGGCAUCGAGGGGGGCCACCUCAGUGCAGUUCACAAAAGCACAUCUGCAUGCUUAACUGGCAUCUCAUUUGCUCAUUAGCUAACCACAGGUUUGGUGUUGGUCAGACAGUGUUGACAGCCGCUGUGUCCCAAACCAAGCACCAGUUUUUUUCCUCAGGUCAUUUUUAGGUUGAACCUGGCACGGCUCUGUGCUUCACGUCUCACAGGUAAUAACUGAAAAGCUGUUCUGUUCGCUAUGAGAACACGUUCUCACUAUUUUUUUAUGUCAGUGCCGCUUUUGUCCAGUUUGCACACCGUUUGUGAGCUGGACAACGUUGACAGUAGCACAAGAUUUACAGGUUGCAUCCCGAGCCAAUGUAAACGCACAUCCUUGCUAUAAAGCUGCCUACUAUUCGCCUCCUAUGUACAGUACGUCUGCUAGGGCUUCAGAUCAAGUCACGUCAUUACAGGUAAUUAUGUCGUUAAAAUCUCUGCUCUAGGAAUUGGUUCUCACUGUUUAGUGUCAGUUUAAAGCUGAUCUUUGCUACUUGUUUGUGUUUUUAUUAUUAUUAUUUAAAUAGCUUACAAGCCUGCUGUCAACGACUUGCUGUCCAAAAGAAGUCUUCAUUUGUUACUAGGGAGAAACAGAUUUAGACAGCUGUUCUGUUACAGCACCACCUAACUGUGCUGUAUAACCCCUCCAGUACACACAGAUGGACAGACAGAUGAACAAAGAGGAACAAAGCUAUGUAGAAGAACAGAGAAGUGGUCUGUUCUGAAUGGUAGAAACUAUAAGUGUUUUACCAGAGCACAUUCUGAAACAAGAACUGAACGGUCACAGUGUCGCACGCACUGGUUCCAUCGUAACGUUAACAUGUGGGACAUGAUCAGAUCGGCACGUUGAAUGUUUGGUUCAUGAAUUACAGGCUUGUAAUUAUCAUCAUCAAUAACAGAUUGUUGAUAAAAAAUAAUGUAAAUGCCGCUCAGGUGGCGCAGCGGUAAAACACGCUAGCACACCAGAGCUGACAUUUCAAACUCGUCGGUUCGAAACUCAGCCCUGCCAUCCGACUGGGCUGGGCAGCUACAUGAACAACGAUUGGCUUGUUGUUCAUACAGGACGGGAAGCCAGAUAGCUGAUUGAUGGCGCCUGCACAGAGUCAAGGAAUAAUGCUGAUCAGGGUGUGGCUCUCCGUACACAAAGCUGAUCCACAUAUGAACUCGCCUCAUGCAGGUGAAAAGAUGCAGUCGGCUACUGCACACGUGUCGGAGGGGGCGUGUGUCAGUCACGGCUCUCCUCAAUCAGAAGUGACGACUAGAUUGGGAGGAAAAUUGGGGAAAAUAAAUAAAUAAAUAAAUAAUGUUAAUUCUCCGGUCACCAAUAGAAGAAAGUAUUUCUGUUUGUGCUGCAGCAGCACUGCACUGGUACGUUUUUAAGAAAUAGCCCGGCGCUAGCAGACUUGCUUUUGAUUGGCAGACACAUCAAGUUUUUUAUUCAGUGUUCCUCUUGGGGCCUUUUUUCUGGAACCUCCAGAACUUAAACUGGUACUUCUGGACCUAGAACUGACAAACUUGAGUACUGGAACUGUAACCUCUGGUACAGCAACUGGCACAUGAAAAGCUCCAGUACCUGUACUAUUACAGCUUAAAGCUUUAGUACUGGUUGUCAUGGGUUUUUUCCCAGUACAGAAAUGAUGUACACUGUGUAAUGGAAAAAGAAGCUUCCCAUUCAGGAUACAGAAAUUAUGAUGAGCGUAUGAGGCUUUAAAAUGGGACUUUAUUUGUAUUUGUUGAAGUGAGAGCGUGUACGUGGUGUACAGGAAUGUACAGAGACACUACAGUCGAAGAAACUCCAAACAGAUAUUUUACAUAAGGACGUCUCUGCAUGCAGUCUUUCUUUAUAAAUGAAAGAUUUUUUUAUGUUAGCAGUUUGUGAAUUCCCCUCUGUAAUUAAUGCAAACACUAACUGUCUUUUAAUAAUAUAAUAUACAAAAUCUUUGUAUUUUUUUAAAUUGGGAUCUUUAUCAUAUAUUGGUGCCAUACCGUCGAAGGGCUGCUGUAAAUCUGUUUGUUUAUUCUCGUAUUGUCUCAUGAAAUCACUAUUAAAGGGGCUCUUUGGGUCUUGGUGGUGCCACUUUAUGUCACUUUCAACAGCAAUAAAAAGCAACAUGUUCAUUUGUUAA